GCUACAUGUGAUCUCUUGAAAUCUAGCGUCAAAUCGUUGAAUGAAAAGAUACCUUAAAAGUGAAAUAAACAUCUACAGGCGAAAGAGGAUGCUGCAAAUCUCUUUGAAUAUAUUUUAACAAAAAGUUUCUACACAUAGUCGCAUUAACUCACUUAAUACAAUACGCAUAAAAAAUGCGUAAUGCCAUGUUGAAUUCAUACACCAAGAUUAUCAGUAAUUCCAUUCGCAAUGGAAAACUUUUCAAGUUGCAAAGGAGGUGGACAUACCCGUCACACAGGUGUUUCUCUACGCAGGUGACGUCCGACGUAGAGCACGAUGUGCCGGUUGAAGCUAUCCGUAACUUUAGUAUAGUCGCACAUGUUGACCAUGGUAAAAGUACGUUAGCGGACAGACUGCUGGAAUUAACAGGGGCUAUACAGGCAAACUCUGGCAAGCAGGUCCUGGAUAAUUUACAAGUAGAGAAGGAACGUGGAAUCACCGUGAAAGCGCAAACAGCUUCGCUGUUUUAUUCAUAUCAGGGUAAAAGGUAUCUCCUGAAUCUUAUCGACACGCCAGGCCACGUGGAUUUCUCGGCGGAGGUUCAACGAUCGCUGGCACCUUGUCAAGGAGUCAUACUGCUAGUCGAUGCUAACGACGGUGUCCAGGCGCAAACUGUGGCCAAUUACUAUUUAGCACGAGAGAAGAAUCUUGUAAUAAUACCAGUGAUCAAUAAAGUGGACUUGAAGAACGCUAAACCUGAGAAAGUCAAGGAACAACUGCAAAUGUUGCUUGAUGUAGAACACGUAGACAUUAUCAAAAUAUCAGCCAAACUAGGCACGGGCAUCGAUGAAGUUCUGAAUGCUGUAGUUGAAAGAAUUCCACCACCUACUGUAGCUAGAGAUAAGCCUUUCCGAGCGCUGAUAUUUGACAGCUGGUAUGACAAGCAUAAAGGAGCGAUUUCUUUAAUUUAUGUGAAAGAUGGAGCAGUGUCAGUUGGCAAACAAAUUAGUUCUGCAUACAUGAAAAAGUCAUACGAAGUUCGAAAUAUUUUUCUUCUCAGGCCUCAUGCAGAAAAUGUGAAGACAAUAUUUGCUGGACAAGUAGGCGCUAUUGCAUGUAACAUGAAAUCUAAGGAAGCUCACAUUGGUGACACUGUGCAUCUACGACAUCAACCUGUUGAUUCCUUAGAAGGAUUUAAGCCACCAAAGCCAAUGGUAUUUGCAGGGGUAUAUCCAAUGGAUCAGUCACAAUUCGCCUCUUUGCAAGCAGCUAUUGACAAGCUUACUUUAAAUGACAGUGCAGUAAAAGCUGUUUUAGAGUCGAGCGUUGCACUUGGAAGGGGAUGGCGAAUUGGCUUUCUAGGUUUAUUACAUAUGGAAGUCUUUAUUCAGCGUCUUGAACAAGAAUAUGGCGCACAACCGAUAGUUACGGCACCUGCAGUGACUUACAAAGCAACAAUUUUUGGCAGUAAAAAUAUAACGAAAUAUCAAGGUGAUACAGUAAUCUUUAAUAAUCCAAUGCAUUUUCCGGAUCCCCAGAUUGUCAGCGAAUUUUACGAACCUAUGAUUUUAGCGACGAUUAUUACACCAGAUACAUAUAUGAGAGAAAUUAUGUCCCUUUGCCGGGAAAAGCGAGGCGUAGAAAAACUGAACAAAACUAUUGGCAAUGACCGAUUUAUGCUACAAUACGUGAUGCCAUUGAGCGAAGUAAUUCUUGAUUUUCACGAUGCCUUAAAGAGCAUAAGUUCUGGUUAUGCUAGUUUUGAUUACGAAGAUCAUGAUUAUCAACUGUCCGACAUAGUGAAGUUGAAUAUUCUAUUAAAUGGAAAAUUGGUGGAAGAAUUAUGCACAAUUGUACAUAGAAAGAAAGCAUCUCAGAUAGGCAAGAACUUGUGUAUCAAGCUUCUCGAUACCAUUCCUCGACAACUUUUUGAAAUAGCGAUCCAAGCGACAAUAGGAAGUAAAGUAAUCGCAAGAGAAACUUUAAAGCCCUACAGAAAAGAUGUAACGGCAAAAUUAUACGGUGGUGAUGUUACCAGAAGAAAAAAAUUGCUGGCGCAGCAAGCGGAAGGAAAAAAGAAAAUGAGAAUGAUAGGAAAAAUUUCAUUACCACGAGACACUUUCAUAAAUGUAUUAAAAAGAUAAUAGCAAUUUUGUAUUUAAUGUAAAGCUAUUAUAAAGUAAUAAGGAAAUUUGUGAAAAUGUUUUAUGUAUCAUAUUUAGCAAUAUUAAUUUAUACAACUUGUUUUUAUAAAAUUUUUUAAUAUUAUAAGAUUCUCGAAAUUAUGAUUGGAAGUAACUUAAUAAUCAGGAGUAACUUUUUGUAAAUUAAAAAUUUACCUAUGUACAGAAAAAAAUUGUAAAAAAAACAA